AUUAUUCGCUUUGUCUUGCCAUCUGGUGUUUGAAAAGAGAAAUUCAUAUCCGACGUAAUUAUUUUACAGUUUCGGGUACCCAGAAUGAAGAAAUUUUUAAUUUGAAAACUAUAGAGCGCUGUUCUUUGAUACGCAGUUGUUUGUUAUUCCUUGUUUAAAUAAGGUAGAGAUGUUGUAAUACUAAUACUGGGUCCACAAUGAUCAAACUAAUGUCGAGGACCAACGUGGACUCGUGUUACAGAGGUUGUUUAUUGUACCUGUGUUGUAACCAGUAUUACGGCAUGGCCUGGAGAUCCCAUGGCAGGGAUAACGCCGACAUGGUCCGUAAUUUGAGAGUCAAUGGUAUUAUUCGAAGUCAAAUUGUGGAAGAUGUCAUGCUGAAAGUGGACCGUGGAAAGUAUGCUAAAUUCAACCCAUAUAUGGAUGCUCCUCAGGGAAUUGGCUAUGGAGUCACAAUUAGUGCGCCUCAUAUGCAUGCUCAUGCUCUCGAGCUGCUGAAGGAUCAUUUGAAGGAAGGGGAACGGGCCCUGGAUGUUGGAUCAGGGAGUGGGUAUCUGACAGUAUGUAUGGCUGUGAUGGUGGGGGAGACUGGCAUGGCUGUUGGAGUUGACCAUAUCCCUGAACUGGUUGAGUUCUCAAUCAACAAUGUACGGAAGGAUAAACCUGCACUGCUUGAGAGCAACAGGCUUAAACUGGUUGUUGGAGAUGGGAGGCAGGGCUACUCAGAGGAUGCGCCUUACAAUGCAAUUCAUGUUGGAGCAGCAUCUCCUUCAUUGCCUGAAGCGCUGAUAGCACAGUUGAAGCCUGGUGGACGUCUAAUAGUUCCUGUGGGUUCUGAUGCAGGGAAUCAGCAGUUGGAACAAAUUGACAAAAAGGCUGAUGGAUCUGUGACAAGGACCCCUCUAAUGGGUGUGGUCUAUGUUCCCCUUACGGAUAAGGAUGCACAGUGGCCUGGAAGAAAUGAGCUGUGAUUGGCCACUACCAAUGAUGUAACUCGUUUUCUGCCCAUCACCCAGGUGCUGUGUAAUCGUAUGACUCCUACAUAACUGGUGCUCUCUGAUUGGAUCAAAUCAAGGGAUCUCCAGAUUAGCAACCAAUGAAUGUGAAACUUGAACUGAAAGUCACGCUUAACCUCUCAUCCUGUGGAUUGAUAUGCAUAACACACAUUUUGAGAAAUUCACGAUAGCUUCUUGAGUCUUAAUUUAUGUAUUAUAUUUGUGAUGUAAAUUUUGAGUAGGUAACUUAUAAAAUAAUUUUGAAUAAUGUUCUCUUGAGUAAUGAGUGUGUUUGUCAAAUAAGUUUAUGUUCAGACUAUUAUAGUAUAGUAACAUAUUCAGCUGUUACGUAGCCUCUCAUGCAGUCAUUUAUAUUUAUGUAUUUAUUUGAACUUUUUAAAAUUAUUAUGUGCAACUCUUGUCAAGAUGACGAUUUUCUCCUUCACAAACAAAAUGUUAUGUACACGAGAAUGUUGUGUCUUGUCCUCGCCUCUUGUGGUAAACAUACUUAAAUGUAUAGUGAAGUUUGUUAAUAUUUUUGGAAUCAUGUUACAGGAACAAAAAGAUGAUUUCCCAGGAACAUGAUCUGUAGUCUGCUUGGCUGUUAUGUCAUAUUUCCUUGUUUUAAGUAUUAACAUAUAAAGAGUGAGACUAUGUUUGAUUUCUGCUGGAUUCAGAAUAAGGACUAGCCAUGUAAUUCUUGUAUAAUAUUGAACGAGUCUGGUCUCUGUUAAGCUGUAAAUUAUGCUCUUCUUCCAUUUUUUAAGAUAUAGUAAUUUAAAGUUAGAAAAUCCAGAAAUGUUUAUUUUCUUCAGAAUUAUGUUUCGUUGUAAAUAUUAUGCAUGUGUUAUAAUUUAUUUUUCAGAUUUGAGAUUAUAGUUGUGCUGUGUUAACUUACUAAGUCAGGGUUGAAUAGAACAGUUGUUAAAGGAAAUCCAAAUAGUGGGGAAAAAAUGUCCUGUUUUAAGUUUUGUUUUGAUUAAUUGCAGUUCAGAUAUCCCUGAAUUUGACUCGUUACCUGAAUAUGAUAUCUCAGAAUCUCUCAUCUCACAAACCUCAGUUUUCGUUGAUGGAUUUUUUAACACUGAUUUCUUGUAUUCAGUUUAAAGAGUUCUAUUUCUCAUUGACAGAAAUACUUGAAACAUUUUAAUAGUAUAUUCAGGCUAGUAAAGAUUACUGGAAUAUUAUGCAGGCUUGAAGAAUUGAAAGUACAAAUGAAAAGUUUUCAUUUUAAUAUCCCAAAUACUGACAUGCAUGUGAUGCUGUCUGAGGUGCUUUGCAAGUUUGUUUUUGUUGAAUGUUAGAUGUUUUUAGUUUAUUUUAAAUGACUGUGGUAUGUACAGUAACAACAAACUGUCUAAAGAUAUUUAUGAAGUCAUAAAUUAAUUUAUUUCAAA